AUGGACGGCGGAGAUUGCGCCAUCCGGGCCGUGUGGGUGGUGGCGCACCACCAAGCGUACGGCGUCUCGUCCGCUGGUUCUUCCGACCCCACCUGCAGCAUCCUCUUCUCUCGCCGAUUCCCGACAGUGGACCGCCAGUGGCGUCUGCUCUGUGUCACGUCACCUGCUUCUACGGAACAUGCCACAGGUUCUGCUGGCCUACCAGCAGCCUCAGGCAAGCCUGGGAAGGCACCUCCCCCGGUGACGUACCGCCCGAUUCCUCUGGAUGAUGAGAUCAGCAUCGCCUUCGCACAGCACAUGCAGCGCCUCAACUCCUCUCCAGCCAUUCGCAGUGCGACAUCUGCCAUCGGCACGGACGAGUGGUUGCGCAGCCCACUUGUCCGUAUGUCAUCCCCCAUCUCUAUGCUCUUCUUUCAGUAUUAUCCGCUCACCCCAAUCGUCUUCCUUUCCCCACACUUCGUUCUCCUCUUCUUCCUUCCCCUCCCUCUCUCCAUCCCCGUCCUCUUACCCCUCAUCAGCCUCGUCUCCUCUCCAGCCAUUCGCAGCGCGACAUCUGUCAUCGGCACGGACGAGUGGCUGGACGACCCCGUCACACGCCACGUCAUCGGGCUGCGCCUCGUCAGCACCACUCCCACCCUCCCCGCCUCCCACUCGCGCACCCACACUCAAUCUCGCACUCGAGUAGCAGCAGGGGAGACAAGAGCACAGAAUGCAGGAGGAGCAGCAGCAGUAGCACGUGCAGGAGAAACAGAUGAAGGCAGUGGCGCAACCGAGACACGACCGUCUGCAGCAGCAGAAACAUCAGAAGCAGGGGGGAAUGUUGGUGGUGGUGGUCCAUCAGAAUCGCGACUUGCGAAAGGCACACCUGAAGAAACACCUGAAAAAUCACCCGAAGAAACUCCUGAGAGAUUAACAGGCCGGCCAGCCCCCCCCGCCUCCCCCUCCUCCCCCUCAACCCCCUCCUCCCCUCCCCCUCCUCCCCCGCCUCCCUCCGCCCCCACGCUCCUCUGGCCAAUCAUAGUGCACCCCCAUUCCAAAGCCUCCAACGUGCACGUUCUUGUUCUGCCAUUGGUGGCGCCCUGCCACGUGGCAGCAUAUGAGAGGCUGUGCUGGCAACGUAAUUGCGGGGGAGGGGCGGGGCUGGCGCACGGGGGAGGGAGCUGGGGAGGGGGAGGGGUGGGUGGUUCUGGUGGCGGUAGUUCUGGUGCAGGUGGUUCCAGUGGAGCCACGCUGUCUGCUCUGUUUGCUGACCUGCCUGCCGUGACAGCGGCCAUCUCUCUCGCUCAGUGCAUCGAGUCCCUCAUCUCAACAGACUCAUCUGCCACCCCCACCGUGCCCCCUCGCACCUCCCCUCUCCUCUCCGCCCCCUCCCCCUCCUCCUCCACCCUCCCCUCCAUCUCCCUCACUGGGGGAGGCGGAGGAGGAGGGAUGGGAGGGGUGGGUGUUGGUGUGAAGGUUGGUGCUUUGGGCACAAGCACAAUUGGCAGCAGUACCAGCAGUGCCGCUGCUGCUGCUGCUGCUGCCGCUGGUUCUGGAGGGGAAAUGGGGGUUGGAGGAGGGGGAGGGGCAGGGGGGAAAGGAGGGGCAGCAGCAGGAGGGAGCGGCUUAGGGUUUGGAUUGCUGGGGGCGAUAGGAGCCUCUAUGGGCAUGUCCCGAGCCAAGACCGCUCAAACCAGCCAGCUUGGUUCGGCGGCAGGCUUGGCUGGAGGCUUGGGAGGAGGGGAUGUGGGGAGGCAGGGUGGAGGGGGUGGGGGUGGCGUGAUGCUGCAGCAGCUGAAAGCGGCUGAGCUGGAGGGUAUCAGACUGCUCAUCUCAACGUAUCUCCCCUUUGGUCGACCUGUCGACUUCCCCACCCCUGCCACCAUCACCACCCUCCGCACACAACCUGCUGCCUACUCCCAAGACCUCUCGCCCUACCUGCACCCGCCUUCCUCCCCCUCCUCCUCCCUUUAUUCUAGCAAGCCCACCAGCCAAACACACCAGCAGCAGCAAGCAGGAAGAGCGGGAGGAGCAGAGCCAACCCUCAAAGGCCUCGGAGGAACUUUAGGCGCGUCAGUAGACUCUCUAAGAGACACAUUCAGGCAGCCGGUGGGGAAACCAGUGCUUUACACCGGAAAACAGAGGGUAUCCGUGGCAGUGGUGGAGGAAGUGAGUGCAGCUUUGUACGACAGGGAGGGGGAGGUGGCAGAUGUGGUGAAUGUAACCGGUAGGGUUACCACACGGUGGGAGGUGGAGGGUCUGCCAGAUGUCACGCUCUCAUUGGACGUUCCAGAAGAUGCGUGUGUGGAGUCUUUAGUCGUGCACCCAUGCGCUCAGCUCUCCAAUCAGCACACCGUAUCAUUCAGCCCACCCCUGGGGGCAUUCGAUCUGGUCAACUACCACUGCUGCUUGCCCACCACCCCGGAGCAACUGCAACAGCAACUGCAACAGCAGCAGCAGCAACAACAGCAGCAGCAGCAACAGCAGCAGCAGCAACAACAGCAGCAGCAGCAACAGCAGCAGCAGCAACAACAGCAGCAGCUACGGGUUCCUCCCUCCCCCACCACCCCCUCCGCCCCUCCCUCCACCCCCUCCUUCCUCUCCUCCUCCUUCUUCUCCCCCAAACCCCCUACUGCCCCCACCUCUCUCGCCCGCCUUCUAGCCUCCAUGCGAACACCUCCCGUCGUCGGCUUUUACCAGAACCAGUUUGUUUCUCCCACCGAGUCCCAGUUUUUACUGAAGCUCCGGAUAAUGGAUGGGUACAAGCCGCCCUGUAACAUGGAACAGUGCACACUGCAUAUGCCUUUCCCACGCCGCCGCAUUCUGACGGUCUCUGCUGCGCCCCCGUCUUUGGGGGUAGUUACCCACGCCGACCACUUAAUUGAGUGGCGGAUCUUUGCGCGGGGCUACUCGGGAAAAACUCUGGAAGUUUCCUUUUCUGGUUCGGUGUUUUUCCAUCCGACAGGGGAAGGGAGAGAGGGCGAAGAGGAGGGGGAGAGGAAGGGGGUUGUGGGAGAAGGGGUGGAGGAGGAGGAUGAGGGAGUGGGGGUGGAGGAGGGAGGGGUUGUGCGUGGUGUGGAGGGGUCUGGUUGGGAUGACCCAUUUUGUCGAGAUGCGUUUGAUUAUGCUAAGGUGGCAUUCAAGAUGCAUGGAGGAACGGUUUCAGGCAUUGCAGUGAGCGCUAGCAAGAUCAACAUAUUCCCUCCGCCAACCAAGACACCUCCAGUUGAAAUCUCUCACCAG